UCAAAAAGUUCUAUUGCAAUAACACGAUUUGAAUGGUUUUCUUUAAUGAGAUUUAUAGUUCUAUCACCGAACGCCAACUUACUGGCACAUCCUCAAUGUUUACCUGUGAAUCUCUCGCCUAAUAACCUUACAUCUCAACUGCGUCGUACAUUAGGGCUGUUAUUGUCACAAUUUAUAAAAUGGAAGAUUAUAUUAAAUAUUUCAAUUUAAUCCGUCUGUUUUGACAUUCAAACCGCGAAUAAAUUACUUAAUCAUUAUCUCAUGGUAAAAGUCUUAAUUGUAUGUGUAUUUACUAUUCAACUUAUCCGCAUAAAAUUUAUAGGUUAUGCGAUUAGUAUGCACCUUUGUUAGUGAAAGUAUUCGUUUAAAUCGAUACAUUUUUAUUCAUACAUACUUUUACUCGAUCAGUUAUGUAGAUUUCCAGAAAUAUCGUUCCCAAUAAUUUCCAAGGUUUUUACUUUUCAGUAACGUUGUUGCAUCGUUGAUUUUUCCCAGUCCUACGUACCAUAAUGCAGCUUGUUCUUGCUCCCUCUCUUGCAGACUCUGCGCCUGUUUCGGUAUCUCUUUCCGUCUCUUUCUCCUUUUCUCUUGCCUACUUACCGAGCUUUGCGGCUUGUAGUAUUUACGUUGCGCGCGAACAUGAAGCCGGUGCAAACUGUUAUUUUGCUGGACGUCUCGAAUUUUUGCUAGCAAACGUCCAAGGUGUGCGUUUCAAACGCGUUCCGUUUGAUAAUACUAAUUCCUGGAAAUUUGAAGUCACUGUUCGCAACAUCGACACGAUUGUUAUUCGAGCUGAUAACUCCGUUGCACGGAUGGUAUUGGACCCCAAGGUCACGAGUCUGCAUAGUGAUUACGGAAGCUUCGAUCGACCAUUGGGCGCCGGUGAGGGCCACGAGAGGGACGUCGAGGCGGCGGUUGAUGGAAGCAGCAACGGGAUGGCACAGUCGAGCGACGUUUACCAACGGCAGCCGUUAUUACCUGGUGCACCUACCAAAGGGAAGGAUAAGUGGGCCGGCGUUGCAUCCGGCUCCGAUUAUUACGUGGACGACGAGGACGAGAAGAUCGACAGUCUUGGACGGCAUCCCGGCAUACCGAACGGCUCUGGGAAUGGCGUUGUUAAGCUCGACAUACCGGCUCCGCAUCGGGAGGAGCCUCGUUUCCCUAAAGAGAAGUGGAAAACGUUUCUUGCAUUUUUAUUUAUGUUCGUGAACUUCAUAUCGACCACUGCGUCCCUCGCGAUGGUGCACGAGCGGGUCCCCGAUCGGAACACGUACGGCCCGCUUCCGGAUGUGGUGUUGGACAAUAUCGCCGCUCAGGAUUGGGCUCUCAACGUAUCGGAAGUUUUGAUUAUGAUACUGUCCAACUCAGCGAUGGUUUUUAUUAUUUUUCAUAAGCAUAGAUUUAUCGUUGUUAGGCGAAUAUUUCUCUUGAUGGGGCUGCUGUACAUGAUGAGAAGCAUCACCAUGUACGUGACGGUACUGCCGGUGGCAAGCAAAACGUACUUUUGCAGCCCUAAAGCUAACAACACGAAUCCGCUUCUCGUUACCAAGAGGGUACUGCAGCUGAUUUCUGGCUUCGGCUUAUCUAUAAACGGCAAGCACACUUAUUGCGGAGAUUAUAUUUACAGCGGUCACACGGUUGUGCUUGUACUUAGUUACCUGAUUAUCAAGGAAUAUUCUCCGAGAAGAUGUCAACCAAUACAUUGGCUGGCUGGCGUUCUUGUUCUUGUUGGGAUAAUCAUGGUCUUGGUGGCUCACGGACAUUAUACCGUGGACGUCCUUAUAGCUUACUAUGUAACUACACGCUUAUGGUAUAUUUAUCAUACGUUAGCUAAUAAUUCGCAUCUUAAGCAAUACGAACCAAACAACUUUCUGGCCCGGCUCUGGUGGUUUCCUAUUUUUAAAUAUUUCGAGAAAAAUGUGGGCGGCACGGUGCCACGACAAUACGACUGGCCUUUACCCUGGCCUCGACGAUUCCUUGCCAAGCACCCUAAUCGAGACAGUUAAUGUCUGUCUUUGGUUUCGCGAUAGAGGCUGUCAAACAACGGAGUUACUUUUGUUGUAAUUUUGUAUGUAUAUAUAUAUAUAUAUAAACAUAUAUGUAUACGUAUCUAGGCUUACAAUGUGAAGAUAAGAAAGCUUUACUAGAAAAGAAAAAAAGAAGUGGUACGAGAUGAGGAUGAUGCGGGUGGUGCAAGCUUUUGGUCAGCGUUUGCCUCGAGGCUCGACGAAAGUUUGCGGUCUUCACUUCCUUAAAACGAAACAAAAGAGAAAAAAAAAAAUGCAAAAAAAGCAAAACAAAAAAAAGUGUAAAACAUGAACGAUAGUGAAAGAAAAGAUGUUUGUAUCGUCAUGUUCGUUAUCGUCCAUACGCAAAACCUAUUUUCUUCUUGAUUUUGAUACGACUUAUACAUAAGAUGUAAGAAGAUAGAUAACGAUAGAUCAAAGUUUAAUCUCAGAAUGGAAUGAAAUUCACUUAGAGGGAGGUAUCCAAGAGUUACCAACAAAUGUAGUGUAUAAAAUAAAUGCUAGAUAUCUCUAUUUUCAGAUACUCCGAAAUGUGAAAUACUUAGGUGUACAACAAACAAAUUUACGCUGUAUUACAUACGAGCGUGGAAACACUCAGAUGUCUUGUUGAAAAUGUAGUGUAUAACGACGAAGAGAGAAAUUUGUUUUUAUAACUCUCUCGUUUGAACAACGACACGGAUUGGAAAAAAAUUACCGAAAAAAGAAAAAAAAAAGAUACCGUGCUGCAAAGUUUAUUUUUCAAAUAGCGAAAUUUCGUUUGCAGCGAGACCUUCCUCUGACCGAUCUUUGGAGCGUCUUCUAAUCUUUCGACUUCCAAAAUACCAAGACGAUGUCGUUCUCUGAUAUUUGUUACACUGCGGCAUGCCUUAUUCCGAUGAAAGUCAAUCGAAUGAUGUGCAAUUUUUUAAUUGCUUCAAUUGGUCAAUUAUCGUUUCUCUAGCUUUAUCUCGUAGCAUUCCCUCGAAAUUGAUACCGUCUUAAACAAAUAUUUAUUUUUUCUUUUUUUAAUUUUUUUUUUAAGGAGAAACGCGUAGCGAAGUGAAUUGGCCCAUAGUUAGAAAUAAAACAAUUAAUCGUGCAAUUUCGUGGGACCAAAUCUAGAACAAUUGGAAAUGUAAUAUAAUUGAAUAGAGUAGCGAGAGAGUGUGAUUGUUUCUUAGCAGCGACAAUAGACAAUGCGCAUACUUAAUACGAACACGAAGAAUUAGUAUCAGAUGCCGGUGUUCUUCUAUUUUGUAAAAUACGGCUGACUGUUACACACUGAUGUGUAUCGCAUCGUAAUGUGUUCUCUUCGACAGACUUUUUUUAUAUAUGGUUAAACGUGGUGCCCCGUAUUUCGAAAUUCGUGUAAUUCCUCGGAAUAAGGUCGUCUUUACAUUCUACAUUCACGAACAUACACACACCAGAUGUUGUCACGCAUAUAAGCGAAGACGGAGACGCGAAUCGUGCGAAGAAAAACCAUUAGAAAUGAAAAUUAGAAAGAGAAUGAAAUAGAAAAGUAAAUGCAUUCUCUUCGCAGUAAAUUCUUCGCACGAUUUUUUUCUUCCCCCGAUCUUCUAUCAUCUUGCUAUGAAACUCGCAACGAUAAUUAUUCAUUCUGAUUCUUGCCUGGUCGCGAGUUUCAGUUUCAUCCUCAUUUUCUAUUCGAAUUAUAGUAGCACAAAACGCUUUCGAAAUCUUCGCUUAUCGAUCAUGCGAAGAACGUUUCAAUGAAUCUCAGUUUCUUUCGAAGAGAUGGGAGGAUGGAGGAUAUGCAAAUAGAAUGCGAGCGAUUUAUGUAUCUUUCGAAACCGUGGAAUGAUGUUUGUGAAAUCAUGUGCAUAGUUUAAGCGACGUUAACCACAGCGAUUUGUUGGGUUUCUUUUUCUGCACGCACGAUUUAUUGUUGAUAACUGGGUGCAGAGAUCUAAUUGGCUCGAGGAAACGUGCGUUCUUUGGAGUGGGCUCGACUUGUAAAUUAGCGAAAUAAAUCAAUGGAAAUCAAGAAAUCAGUCACGAUGGUGUCCAGUUUCUGGCUUUUCUUUUUUUUUUCACGAAUUUGACGGUCGAACAACGAGAGAAGAAAAUGAGACAUUUCACGACACCCGGAUGAUGAACAGUAUGGAGAUGAACGCGGCAGCGAGGCGAAUAAAGAAAUUGAAUCCGUUGGCCCUUAUUACGUGUAAUUACGUCUCUUUCCGUCUGUGAUGAUUAACGAAGAAACGAAGAGUCGUCGUUGCGCUAGUUUUCGUUCGUGAUACGAAACUGAAACGCGACCGCUAAACGAUUCGAAUUGAUGUUGUGCCGAUCGAGGCCACCGAUAUUUCCUCUUAACCCUCUAUGGACCAUGUUGUGUUAAUCGACCUUGUUUUCUCUUCUCCCGACGGUACUAUAAAUAGUUGGUUCUUCGAAUGAUCAUUAAGAUUAGUAAUUUUAAGAAACAGUUUAUUGUAUCUUUGUCGUUAAUAACGACACGAUAUUGUACAUGAUCACACCUGUUGGACUGUAGGGGGUUAAAUGUUCAUAGAUGCGUGUAUCGAAUAUAUAUACAUAGAUAUGUAUACAACAUAUAUUUUAAUAAGAAUUAAAUGUGGUUCGUAGCGAUAUAUCUCUUAAGUAACGCCUCAGCGUUCGAUGUGUUAUUCAAACGAAUCGUUCGGAUAUUAUUUUUCAAUGUGUGCAAUAGAUAUUGUACACCCGUAUUAUAGAAAAUCAUGCAGCGCGUGUGAUUAUUAUCGUCGUUGAGAGAAGCCGCGAUAAAGCGUACGAAAGAGUCUAUAAAUACUUCGCGGAUAUACAUGUGGCGUUAACGUUGUUUCUUUAUCUGAACCGAAACCUUAAAGAACGGGCGCCAUGCGAUAGUUUCUGACACGCUGCUGAAAGCGAGAUAUUAAUAACCGCGAUGAAACGCAGCCAAAAAUGAUCGAGGAACCUUGUGCUAAAACGCGUUAACGCGCUAUGCACAUCGAUCUAUGCAUUUAUAUGGAUACUCGUCAGGAUGAACAAUAUUCUACACGCACACGGCAAACUGGGAGGAUGUAUGCUUCUUUUGUGACCGGAAGGGCCUCGUUAUAUAUUAUACAGAAACAUAUACUCAGAGAUGAGAUACAAAGAGAUAAACAUAACGUAGAAGAAGUUUGUUGCGUUGUAUCGAGGAAAAAGAAGAGGAAA